GGCCACUUCCGGGAAAUGGCGGACUACAACUCCCAGCAACCCCCGCGGCGCGGCCUAGCCCGGGACCCGCAGCCUGGACCUGGAGUUGAUCCGCAGCCCCCUGGGCCUGGAGUUGUGCUCUCUGCCGCUUGCGGCUGGAUUUCUGCUCCUUGCGGCGGGGCAGCGGCCUAGCCCGGGUCCCCACAGCCUGGGCCUGGAGUUGUACAGCCGGCCUUCUCCCUCUGCCUUGUCCCACAGUCUAACCCAGGCCAACAGACCCACAAACAACAGCAGCCUCUCUUCCUCCUUCCCCCUGACCACAUCACCCCUCGCUGCUGUGGAGCAAGGAUCUGCCCUUGUUGCUUCACACUGAAGACAGUCACUACAUCCUGCAGUUACUCAGCGGGUCGAGCAGCAUCUGUGGAGAGGAAGGAAUAGGUGACGUUGCAGGCCGAGACCCUUCUCCAGAGACACCUUGAGGCCUAAGGGAUCUCCAGCAGUGGAUAUAAUCCUCUCAGGAAUGAACUCCAAGCCAUUGACUCCUUGCAGAGACCAGAUGAAUUAUUAUGUGUGGGGUGAAAGACCAAGAGCAUUGAUGCUUAUUUUAUUUCUGCUCUGAAGCUGUGCGCUGGCACCAUCGAGACAGGCUGCUCAGUUGGGAUAUUGUUGACCGAGGUACAGUGAAAAGCUUCUGUUUGCAAUGAGCUGCCGGCAGCUGAUCAGCUUCACCCGGGCGGUGGAGGAUGGAGACGCUUGGAGGGACGGUGAACGGCGUGUGCCCUGCUCUCCCCUCCCCAGGGGGGGAGGGUUGGAUGGGGAGCAGGCCAGGAGCUUCUAUGAGAGCGUCCUUGCUUCCAGCAGCCAGGCCAGCACCAGCAGCCGGGCCAGCACCAACUCCAGUGCAGUCCGUAAACACAAGGCCGAGUGGAGGGGAGUGCGAGCAGGUGGCCCCAGCGGGCAUCAGGUCGAGGGAGGGCAGAGGAACGGGCAUCUGCUGCUGAAAUCUGCUCAGAACGGGGACCUCAAAAUGCUUCGGAGGUUGCUGGAGACAGGAGUGAGCGAUAUAAACUUCCGGGACAGUUACUACUGGACUGCCACCAUGUGUGCAGCGUACAGUGGGCAGCUGGAAGCAGUGAGAUACUUGCUGAGUCUUGGAGCUGCAUGGGUCGGAGUGUGUGACUGCACGGGACGCGAUGCUCUGGAUUUGGCCCGACAGGCUGGACAUGCAGAAAUUGUCACCACUCUGGAGGAAUAUCACACUCCAGAGGAACAAGAAGACCGCAGGGAGCGGCCGGAGGAGGGGAGGAGGAAGCUGUGCCAGGUUUGCGAGCUGGAAUACCGAGAGGACAGCGUGCAGCAACAUGAGAGAUCCACCCUGCACCUUGUGAGCAAAGGCAAUACUCCAGCACCCACACAUUACUCCAUCCCCGACACCAACGUGGGCUUCCGCAUGAUGCUGCGGGAGGGCUGGGACCGGGAGAGGGGCCUGGGCCCCUGCGGGAAGGGCCGCAAGUUCCCCGUCAGCACCGUGCUGAAGAGGGACCAGCGGGGGCUGGGCUUCCAGAGGGGCCCACGGCCCAAGGUCACUCACUUCCAGGCCCGCGACCCCGAGGCGGUGCAGCAGCCGCGCGGCGCUCCUGGCCGCGUCCACAGGGUGGCGACUGUGAGCCGCAGGGAGGAGCGGCGCAGGGAGGCCAGGGGCAGGGAGUGGGAGAGGGAUCUCAGAGUCUACAUGGACCUGUAGGUGACCAGAUACCUCUCCAACGGACUGAUCCAUCUUCCAGCACCUCCCCACUGCUCUCACACCUCCCCACACCUCUCCCACUGCUCUCCCUCCUCUCUCUCCAAUCUCCAUCCCUUCCCCUCCCCUCGUACCCCACCCACACCACUCCUCUCCCACCCCACCCCUCUCCUCCCACCCCUCACUCUACCACCCCCACCGCUCACCCAACUCAUCUCC